GGAGGACGUAAUUCCCCAAAAUCGUUUUGAAUUUCGAGAAAGACUAGCAGAUUACUUUCAAUCAGAGGCGGGUGCUAUCUACUUCAACUAAUUCAAUUUUGGAUGCGUCCAGUACUUUCAGGGUGUUUACAACACCUGGAAAAUCUGGAAAACCGGGAAAUGUCAGAUCCAAUUCAACGAUGGAGAGCACUACGUCAAAAUUUUACAAGGCACCAUAAAAAUGGGAACAUGAAUUGGUUGUUUUAUAAUGAAAUGCUAUUUUUAAGCGAGUUUAUCAAACAUAAACCUCAAGAUGGUGUAAAUAAUUCUCAAGGCAAUAAUAACAUCGCAGAAUCACAAAAGACUUUCAGACCAUCUUUUGAGAAUUAUAGAGGAAAUCUUGGAACGAAUAAUAGUGGAUCUAUUAAACGUAUUAAUACUCCAUUUGAAUUGAUGCACAGUGUUACUCAUCAGGAUAAUUAUGCAACUUUAAAUACUCCAGAACAUAGAGAACGUUCAACUCUUGGCAGGAAUUUCGAUUUUACGCACAGUCCUUUAUCACAGAAUAUAAAUAAAGCGUCAAUUUCUCAGGAAAACCGAAAUCUUGAAUCAGAUUCCAUACUAUCGUACGCUCCUCCAUUUAAGGAGAUUCAUAACACAGAUUCGACAUCCAGUUCAUCUUUGAAGGAUUUAUCUUCAACUCUUGGAAGAAAUUUCGUUCCUACACAUAAUCCUAAUUCUCAAAAUGCAAGUAAUGUAACAUUGACUUCACGGGAUCUCAACUCAGCUACGACUUUAGGCUCAACUUGGAAGGACUUGCCUUUAACGCUUGGAAGGAAAUUUAUAGUUCCACGUGAUAUGAUUAACAACAACUCUAAGGAUAUCAAUAAUGGAGCAUUAAUAUCAAACGAUCGCAACACAAAUUCCAUACCGUCGUACGCUUCUCAAUUUCAGGAAAUUGAUAACACAGAUUCAACUUCCACUUCAGCUUUGGAGGACUUCUCUUCAACUCUUGGAAGGAAAUUCAUGGUUACUCCUAACACUUCAUCUCAUGAUAUUAAUAAUGCUGCAUCGAGUUCUAAAGAACACAGUAAAAGUUUAUCUUCUUUACUUCCUCAAAGAGAAAUAGUAUCAUCGUGUAGUCCUCCGUUUCAAGAUAACACUGCUUCCACAUCUUAUAGAUGGAGAGAAUUUUCAGGUUUCGAUCAGCUUAAAAACAGUUCUGUGUUGCCACGCAGUCCUUCAACUUCUCUGAGAAAUUCUAUAGUAAAUCAAUCACUAUUCAAAAAUGAAGCAACUACAAUGGAAAUAAACUUGAGCGAGGAAUCUGGUGAUAUUUCUGACGUUGAAAAUUUUAUAGUUGGAGAAGAUAUGGACCAUUGUUAUAAUUCUCAUCCACAAAACAAGAAUCAAACUAUAAAAAUUGUUGAAAGAAAUGUAGGACGCGAGGACCCUGUAAUUGCCCAACGACCUAGACCGAUGCUUUGCUCGAGAGAUAAUUCGCAAGGUUUUAAUGCGUUUGUUUUGCCAAACAAUCAACAAGCACAACCCUGCAGUUUAAGUCGUGUUUCACCAACACCGACCUUUCGCAAAAAUAAACCGAAGAAAAACAUUGUUUCACAACAAAUUAAUCCAUCAAUGCCUAGAAGUUUAAAAGUUCCAAAACUGGACAAAUUCGCAUUAAAAAAAAAUGAUAAGAAUAAACAGGAAAAAAGAAAAGUGGAAGAAGAAAUUAUUACUGCAUGUCAAGAUUUUCGAAAUUUAAAUAAAAAAGCAACAAAAUUAAUGAAUUUAAAAACCAAAGAAAUAAAAAACCGGAUUACGACAUUGCCGAUUCGUCAUAUGAAUUUGAAAGAUGGAUUUUUAGAUUUAAUCAGAAAAGAAUGGAUAACACUGACAGAUGAGGAGCAGGAAGAAUUGUUCUCAGAUAUGUUAAAAGUGUUAGAAGAAUAUCAAUAUAAAAAAUGA